AAUCGCUGGCAAAAAAUUUUAUAUACUUCAAUACAACGAAAAAAAAUAACACAAUUUGAAAAUUUAAACUUUAUUAUUGAUAAAAAUCCUUGGUAUAGUUUACAAUUAUAUAAUACAGAUUAUAUAAUUUCACAACUAGAAUCUGAUAAACUAAUACCACAGGAAACUAUACAAGGUUUUAAAUAUCUUCAAAAUUGUGUAAAAGACUUCUUAUCUGAUAUUGAAAAAGAUUUAUUAAAUUCAAAUAUUUAG